AUGGUGACUAUUAAGAUUACUUAUGGACAGAGCAAGGGUUACUCUUGGAGGUUACGAUUAAGAUUACUUAUGGACAGAGCAAGGGUUACUGAUGAAGGUAGGAUUUUGCUGCCCAUAAAGGACGAAGUGGACCUAAUCCUAGAACCAGAAGAUGUCUCUCUCAUUCUCGGAAUUGGCAUGGCGGGUGGUCAGAGCAAGGAGCUUCCACAAGCUAACGACCAAAGUUCAAAUGUCCUCGACAAAAUGUACAGUCUUUUGAAAUAUGCUUCUGAUAAGCAUGGUACCAAGAAACAUCCUAAGCCUGUGCAGAGUAAGGACAAGGAUGAUGAGCUUGUGCAAGGUCAGGAGCAGGAUGAGACUGUGCCAGGUGAGGUCCAGGACGAGGAUGCUGGGGCUGGGCCGGGUCAGCCGGCCAAGAAGCACAGAAGAGAUUAUUUCUGUUCAGGGUCUAUUCGGGCUUUGCUUUUGGCUUAUAAACGUGACAAAGUGGUCCAGGCAAAGCUUAAUGAUGACAUGAUUGCCAAGUUAUUUUGCAUGGAGGUUUUGGAUAGGUUCCUGCUUUCAUCAAGCAGCAGCACUAUACCCUCAACAAUUCAAGAUGCUGUUACAAAUCUAGAAAAUCUGAAGAAUGUGGACUGGUGCACACUUGUCUAUGAAAGAGUGAAGACAAGUAUUAUUGAGUGGAAGAAUAGUUCCAAUAAAAAGAAUAAGAAUGUCACGGGCUGUAUUUUUUUGCUCUUGAUUCCUUUUUUGGACUUCAUCAAGGACGCUGAAGAUCCUAAUCGUAACCUCCAAGAGAUCCCAAGAAUAAAUCAAUACAACUUGUCCAUGAUCAAGAGAUUGGUAGGUGAAGGGAUGUCUGAAAAUUUCGAGCGUUUGGAAGAAAUCUUGCUAAUCCUCGUCCCAUUUCGGUUUAACUCUUCAAUGAAACAUGCUAUGGAAACAGAGCAAAUGAUAUCGACAACCAUCGUGGAUCGACUUCAAUCGAUGCCAACUCAUGGUGAUGAACAAAGUUUUAUUAACCUCUCAGAACUCUUCGUGGAUUAUCCUCGUCUCUACCAAGAGAAUGUUGUUGAAAGAACCAGAGACAAAGUAAAAUUGAAAAUAUUGGGCCAUAUUGUGAGAGAAUCAGUUUAUGUAGAUUGCUUCAAGUCAGGAGGAUUGAUGCACACAGCCAUCAUGUACCUACUAUGUGAACUUUGGAAUAGAGAUUGGGAGGACAAACUUAUUUUAUCUCAACAGGCAGUUUAUCAAUUGUUAGAUCCAAAGCGUGGAACAGGUAAAUUAGCUGAGGAGCUUGGACCACAAAAUCCAAAGCAAGCCAAUUUGAUAUUCAUCCCUGUUGUUCACGAUGACCACUGGUUCCUGAUCGUAUUCUCACGUGAAGAGGACACCUUUUAUGUCCUUGAUUCACUGCCCAGCUUGUCCCGAAUCUCAACGAUUAAUGGUAUUAUAUCAACACUGAAGGAACAUUUGCAACAAGCAUCUGUUGGACCUCAGUACAGCGUCAAGGUCCUACCGGUUAAACGACAAGAUAACAAUUUUGACUGCGGAUUCCACGUGUUACUGUAUAUAAAAGAAUUUCAUAACAUAAAUCUGAUAUGUAGUAUCGACAAGGCUAUGGUGGAAAAAUGUUGCAUGGAAACUUCCAUUGACCUUGUCUGCCACCCUCUUAACGAAAGCGAAAGAGAUGAAGAUGAUCAUGGUGAUGAUGAGGUUAUUAUCGUGGGAAGUGACAAAAAUUUCUUAUAUGGCGAUGUUUUCAACACUGCUGUUCAAAAGGAAGCUGGAGGCACCGAGGCAGCCUCUGGAAAAAGUGCUGAGGAUGCAAGCAGCAGUUUGAAGGAUGAUCGUAAAGUGGAGGAGGCUGUCAAAAGAAAUAAGAUGAGGACGCAGGGUUCAGAGCUUGAGCAAAGUAAGACCGAGGAUGAUCGUAAAGUGGAGGCUGACAAAAAUGCUGCCAAAAGAAAUAAGAAGAGGACGCAGCGUUCAGAGCUUAAGCAAAGUAAGACCGAGGCUGCUGGUGAGGAGAUGAACAAGGCUGCCAAAGGAAAAAAGAAGAGGACGCUGGAUUCAGAGCUGAAGCAAAGUACCCCAAAAAUGCCACCAGGUUGCGAGAGAAAACUAGUAUCCCCAGAACUACCAUCAGGUUGCGAGAGGCAAAUAAAACGUCAAACCUUGACUAAGGAUUUUAGUGAGAAACGCAUCUGGCUUAACAAUGUUGUGCUUGAAGAUGUUCAUGACCUUGUCAAAAGUGAGAGUAAGACUGUAUUGAGAUUUGCAGAUAUCUCAAUGACAGGGUUUGAAUUAGAGCAGUCCCUCCAGGGAGGUGAGGGUGCCAAGAAGGUUAUGGAAUUUUUCAUGCAAUGCCUGAAUGCUGAACAAAAGAGUGGUUUGAAAAGAAUCUUUGUCUCACCAUUAAAGAAGGUAAAAGGACAGGACGACCAAGAUUUGAAGACAAAGAUUCGGGAUGUAGUCCCCAGGCGGAAAGCUCGCGGCCAGCGCUGCUUCACAACUGAAACUAUCAUAUACUGUCCAGUUUUCAUCGACGAUGAAUGGAUUGUUGUAUGCUUCUUUUUUACUCAGUCGAAGGACCAGAUCCAUGUGUGUUGCCGCUCGGGUUCCUACCAAAAUGUUAGAGAUUUCUGUAGUACUUUGGGAGAAAGUCUAACGGAUGGCUUCAGAAAUUGUGGACACAAAGUGCCAGCGUUUGGAAAGAAAUUAGCCCACACUCCUACCUACGUGGAGCCAAAUGACACUGCCCUUGCGUCCAUGUAUUUCAUGGAAAAAUUCAAUGGUUCUGAUGAGGCAAGAAUCAUGAGGUUGAAGUGUAACGAAAAGGAGUAUAGGGAUGCAUUUAUUCAAGAUUACAAGCAUGAGAUUGUUGUCUCAGAGGCUGCUGCUACUGCUGCCCCUGCUGCUCCAGCGAUGAACACUGAUGCUUGCAGCAUCCAUUCUAAGGCCUUCCAAGAUCACUUCCUUUCUUUUGCUGUCAUUUCAUCUGCAUUUAUAAUUUGUGCACAUCAAUGGCAAAACUGGACGAGUAGUCUGAGGAGUUGCACCAGAAGUUUCUGGAGAAAAUUUGUCAAAGAAUUCAUCAAUGGCAAAGCUGCGUGCAUCAAUGGUUCAGCAUCAAAGAAUCUUGCACCUCUCUUGUUACAAAGAAAAUUUGUCACAGUCCAAAAGGCAUUGGUCCAGGAAGGCGAGCUUCUCGUGAGAGGGCCUGCCGUCAUGACUGGAUAUGUUGGCGACGAGGAGGCCAACGCUACUAGUUUUGAUGCUGAAGGCUGGCUUAGGACUGGGGACCUUUGCUACAUCGACCAGGAUGGCUUCCUGUUCAUGGUGGACAGGCUGAAAGAGCUCAUCAAGUACAAGGGUUAUCAGGUUCCACCUGCAGAGCUGGAGCUUGUCCUGCAGUCGUUGCCAGAAGUUAUCGAUGCCGCAGUCAUGCUGUGGGUCCACUACAACACACACGUUGGUACAGUUGCAAAACAUGCUCAGUUAUAUAUCAGAAAGACAUCGACCUUCCAACCCUUGUGUAGAAGCACAAGAAACUCCGCACGGCUUACCACAAGCAGGCGUUGCUCCAUCUCGCCGGACAGACAUCACUCCGCUGACAUCUAG